UUUGUAAUUGGUCCAGAGACGUGCGAUUCGCCGAGGAAAUGCCUGAGCUCGGUGAGUUCUCAAACUGAAACACUGAUGGUUGCUCUUCCUGGUGAUGUCAGCGGGAUGUUUUGGCUCCGCCUAAGGUUGCUGAUCUCUGCCAAACAGUUCCUGCAUUUUCAGACUCCCACCACACCCGGGCGUCGGCGUCACGUCUAACUCUUUAAAUACCAAGGCAAAUUCCGAGCCAACCACUUAAAGCAGCAACUCCAGGAGGAAAAGCGAUCUGCUCGAUCUUAAAGGGAUUUACUAUUUGUGCUCCUAACUAAAGGGACUUAUUUAUGAAGUGAAGACGCUGCUCAGAGUAAGCGCGAUUCAAUAAAAAGUUGACGUUCUAUGAGGAUUAUUCUCCCGGGGAUCGCGGUGGAGUCAGCCAGAGUAAGGCUCGUAAGCACUCGGCACGGCUGAGAGAGACACAUACAGACAGGCAGCGAGAGAAAGGGGCACAGUUCAGAGGCUCCGAGCAAGUCACCUGUGUUUUCCUUCUUAGCCUUUAUCCGAGAAACUCUUAGAAGACAAAAGGAAACCUCACACGGAGGAACCAAAACACACAAGAAUCGUACCCCGUUGGUUAAUCUUGCAGCAGACCGCGCCGGGAUUUUUUUCUCUCGCCCGUAUUCUCCAGUGUACACAUUACAUAUACGCGCGCACACACAAACACAAUAUUGCAUGAUUCCUUUAAGCGUCUGAGAGACUUUUUUUGUGACUCAAGACCGAUCAAAGGUAAUCGAAUGGACCAUACAAGCACCAGGAGCUGCAGCCGAGCCCCAACUUGCGAGGCCCAUCAAAACGAGCCUUCAAUGCGUGUAGUCAUCAAUACGACGACCGGAGCCCAGUAUGAUCUUUCUGUUCCAGUAGACGAGACAGUAGAAGGACUCAAAAGGAGGUUAUCACAGCGUUUGAAGGUUGCCAAGGAGCGUCUAGUCCUCUUGCACAAAGAAACGCGUUUAAAUUCCGGAAAGCUACAGGACCACGGUAUAACAGAAGGAAGCAAGCUAACCCUUGUCCCCACAGUAGAGGCUGGUCUCAUGUCUCAAGCUUCGCGUCCGGAACAAUCAGUAAUGCAAGCUUUGGAAAGCUUAACGGAAACUCAGGUCAAUGACUUUCUGUCAGGACGGUCACCUUUGACACUCGCCUUGCGGGUUGGAGAUCAUAUGAUGUUUGUUCAGCUCCAGUUGGCAGCUCAGCAGGCUGGCAGCCAGCUCCAGCACAGGCAUGUGAUUGCCAGUCGGGAGAGCAGCGGAGGGGCAGCAGCGCCCAGCUUUACGAAUGCUCAAGGACUUCACAGACAGACUGUGGGCGCCUCAAACUGUAACCACAUAUCGGCCUGCCAGCAAGCAAUGGCAAACCCAGGCCCUGCGACUGCAGCAACCUGCUUUAGCACAUCUCGCCCACCUUCAGUCACUGCUGGAUCGUUCAGGUCGCAUGGGGCCAGCACGUCGUCGUCAACAACCAGCCACAAUGUAGCUUCUCCAUCUUGCACUGAGGGUGACUGCAGUACGAGAAGCAGUAGCCCAACAGCUCCAAGCAAGUCUCGAAAGCCGGGUGCCAUCAUUGAGAGCUUUGUCAACCAUGCCCCUGGGGUUUUCUCAGGAACCUUCUCAGGCACUUUGCACCCAAACUGCCAGGACAGCACUGGGAGACCCCGCCGUGACAUCACCACAAUCCUGCAAAUCCUGAACGACCUGCUGAGCGCAACCCGUCACUACCAGGGGAUGCCACAGUCCCUCACGCAGCUGCGCUGCCAGACGCAGUGUGCCACUAACACGCCGUCACCUUCGCCACCUUCUCCCGGCUGCUCAAACAAAGCUACCUCCGAAGACACAAUGCAGCAACCCCUGCAUUCCCUCAUCCAGUGCCAGAGCCAGAUCAGGAUGUGCAAAUCAAGUGGCGACCGACUGAGACAGACCGAAAACCGUGCAACCCGCUGCAAAGUUGAGCGCCUGCAACUGUUGAUGCAGCAGAAGAGGAUGCGCAGGAAGGCUCGGCGAGAUGCCAGGGCACCGUACCAGUGGCUGCCCAACCGCAAGUCCAACCGGACGAAUAGCAACAGCAGCGUAUCUAGUGAUGGCAGUCUAGACUUGGACUUUGAGGACUCUGUAUGGAAGCCUGAAGUCAAAGCUGACAUGAAGUCUGAAUUUGUUGUGGCGUAGACCUACCUGGCAAGGGAGGGUAACAUGCAGGACUUCACUUUUGAUUUCCGAGACCCAAUGUACUCUGAGCAAGCUUGCAGAGAUUUGCAGGUGGAGUUAUAGGAUGGAGGGGGAGCGAGCGGGCACGAGGUCUCCUGAAAUCAGGACUGUACACCUGAAAAACUUUUAAUUCCCACAAAAAAACAAAGAAUGCAGUGUGUAACCCAAGAUGGAAAGAAGUCACAGGAUUAAGUGAAUCUGACAAACAGCAGUUGGCGUGUCUGCAGUAUGACUAAAUGGCUGCAUUGCGAAAUGGUCAAUUAUGAUGGAGACUCUGGAAGAUUUGGCAUGCCUGGACACGAGCAUGCCUUUCCUCAUGGUGGCAACAGCUGCAAUAUGAAGCUGUUUGUUGCCGUGGUUGCACUGUUCUUCCCGCGAAGAUAGCAGGAGAACUGCAAUCACACAAAAAGAAAUCUUCUUUUGCUUCAUUGAAGGCCAAUGGGGGUACUAUACUUUUAUCGGAUGGAAAGGAAAUGAAGUCUGUUUUUGGAAAAAAAUACUAUGUAGCAUUGUUCACCGACACUCUCAAAGCAUUCAGAUACUGAAAUUUUGCACAAUUUUUAAACAGUGUGACAACAGGUAGCUUUCAUUUUGAGCAAGUUUGUCCAGUGGUGACUGCAAGUGUACGUGGCGACAUGUCAGCCCUGAUGAAGCUCUGGAUUUUGCAGAGGAGGAUAGAGUUGCUCUGCAUCAUGUUAAUGAUGGCCAGUGUCAGACAGAAAGGGAUUGAAUUGUUGGCACCAGUAGAGCUGUUCUACAGAAAGUGUGGUCUUUAAAUUUUCAGUUUUUAACCCUGUUUUGGGGAGAGGGAAGGGGUGGAUCUAUCCAUGGUGAGGCCCAAUAACGCCUUUAUUUUGUCACUUUUUUUUUCCUACACAACUGAGCCAGAUCAUUUUAGAGGUACACUUGUAGUUCUGUACUAGCUAGUGUAGACUGUAGAUAAAUUGCAAGAUCCGUCAUUCAAUCUGUCUCUAUUGCAUUUUGCAUACCACAUUUUGACUUGCUGGCAGAUGUAAGCCAUGUUGGUCCAAUUUUCAGUGAAGUCCAGGCAUCGAACUAGGCGUGGGAGCAAAGGUAAAUUUAUCAUCUGGACCUUGGUUGGCACAAAACCUCUUGCUUGUUUGUUCUACACAAGUGUUAUCUAUUCAGUCCAAUGGUACAAUUUUUAAUUUUGAGGCAAUAGGCAGAGUUUCCCAUCAAUUUUUUCUUUAAAUAGCAAAUUUGUAUUUGAGAGUGUGUGAGAUUUAGGGGAUAUUAAGUCAAAUUUGUUGCAAAGCCUACGUACCCUUUAUUAAAUUCAGAACUAAUGAUAUUGGCUGUUGUCACCAAAUGGCUCAAUAUGCUCAAGCUGCAUGUGUUAGCUAGUGAUUCUUAGCGGAGCCCAGUUUCAAACAAACGUUUAGUUAUGUUAGAAUUGCUAAACAGAGCAAAUGCCGUGUGUGUGGAGUGUGUAUCUAAUUUUCUUUGAAAAUAUUUGGGUUUAUGUGGCAUUGUAACCACAACUGCAAUUGAAGUCAGAACACGAGGAGCCCAAGAUCCUACCAUUGCAAUACUGUGUUGAUCUAAUAUUACACAACCCAGUCUCUUCCUUAUCAGUACACAAGUGCCUUUUUGUUCCCAAGUCUACUACUUCUGUGUCCUUGGCCUGAUCAACUGGGAUAACUCUCUUCUCUUCCAUCUGUGCUGUUUCUUUCUGUAGAAAGGCCACUUCCAAACCCUGACCCCCCACCCCCGCCCAAUCUUCCUUUUGUCACUGCAUUCCUUGUCUUUGUCUUGGAACUGAAACCUGUUUAUGCUCGCUACUGUACAAAAAAGAUGUCAGAACUCUUCUCCAAGCUAACUCCAUUCUUUCAUCCAGAUGUCAAGGGAUGUGCCAUCCGGACCCUGUUGUUUGUCCUGUACCGUUGUGACUAGGCACACAUUGUAACAUCCCACUUCUGUUUGUGAACCUCCUGCUCGUAUUUACUGUAGGUUUUUUAUAUAUAUAUACAUAUAUAUUUAACUGACUUUGUAUUGUGUGCUAUCCAUUGUGCCCCUAUCCUGGUUUUAAAAGAAAAACAUCAAGAUGCAUUAAUUCACCAAUUUGGUGGGGAUUAAAUGUAUGAACACCUCAUUUAAAUAUUCUGUAUUCUUGUAGCCAAUUUAAAAAAAAAUACAAUGUUCUAGCUAGGCUGGUGUAGCACAAAUGUGACUGUAUUAAUUUAUAAACCAAAAUGGUGACUGUGAACUAGGUAUUUAUUUGUGCAUUUGAAAGUUUGGGGGAAAAACAACAUCACAGCUUGAACAUGGCCAGGGUUGAUGCAAUCUCCUCCAUGGAAUCUGUACCAGUUUCCAAGAUCCUAAGCAAUACAUUUCAAUGUGACUUGGAACAGGCCUUGUAGUUCAUUUUGGGAUGGAAUUAGUUUAGUGCUACCAAACUCUUGUCACUUGGGAUUUUGCAUUUACCUCUGCCUUACACACUUGGCAAGACAAAAGGGCUGACACACUGUCACCCUGAGCAUUGGAAUGAAGCAGAAAACAGUAAAUUAUAAUGUAUUGGUAUGUAGAUAAACUUACAUGCAUGUAUCAUUAGGACUUGACAAUGGUUUGUGGGACAUACAGUAAUUGGUUGUUAUGUGGUAAUCUGAACAUGUACAAACUUGUAUUAGAUUUUUGUAUAGCAUUGGAAAAAAGCAACUCCACAGGUAUAAAUAAUAAUAAAAGACCAAAUGUUGGUGAUAAUCA